AUAUAGGUUAAUAAAAAGUAGCAUCAGCCAUUGUAAUCAAUAUGCUAUUGGAUACAAAUAAAUCUUGAAUAUUUGCUAAAUAUCCAAUAAAUAGAUAUUAUAUUAUCGUUUAAAUAGAUAAGAGUUAUUUCCGGUUCAAUAAAAAAAAAAUUCUUUGUGUUUGUAAUAUACAAUAAAUAAAUUGUAGUACGUUAAUUUAACUCACAAUUAUCGACAUGGCAUCUCAGGUGUACGAAUUCAAUGUAGAAAUGAUGUGUGAAGGAUGUGCCAAUGCUGUAACAAAUGUACUUAAUAAGAAAGAAGGUGUUAAUGAUGUACAAAUAGAUCUACAAGAAAACAAAGUAUUUGUCACAUCUAUACUUCCUUCUGAUGAAAUAUUACAGACUAUUAAAAAAAGUGGAAAGGCAUGCAAAUUUUUAGGAAUAAAGAAAUAAAUAUAAUAUAUAUUUAAUUAUAUUUCGUUAUAUCAUAAAAUUUAUUUUAUUCUAUAAAAUUAUUGUAUUAAAUGUAGCUCUUUUUACAUUAAAAUUUCAAAUCAUGCAUAAAAAAAAUA